ACUAUCAUCCUCGUCUAAAACCAGACUUCAGCCCUCUCCUUUGACAUUGCAUCAAACUUCUAAGAAAGCUUCACACACUUAUGGCCACCUCUGCCAUCCAACAGUCCGCCUUCACUGGCCAGGCUGCCUUGAAGCAAUCCAAUGAGCUUGUCCGAAGGGUCGGUGCUGUCGGUGGCGGCCGCUUCACCAUGCGGCGGACAGUCAAGAGUGCUCCACAAAGCAUAUGGUACGGACCAGAUCGCCCAAAAUACUUGGGACCAUUCUCUGAACAAACACCAUCUUACCUGACUGGAGAGUUCCCUGGUGACUAUGGAUGGGACACAGCCGGUCUAUCAGCAGAUCCCGAGACUUUUGCGAAGAACCGUGAGCUUGAGGUGAUCCACUCCCGAUGGGCGAUGCUUGGUGCAUUAGGUUGUGUCUUCCCAGAAAUCCUUGCAAAGAAUGGCGUCCAGUUUGGUGAAUCGGUUUGGUUCAAGGCUGGUUCUCAGAUCUUCUCUGAGGGUGGUCUAGAUUACCUUGGCAACCCAAACCUCAUCCAUGCUCAGAGUAUCCUUGCAAUCUGGGCAUGCCAGGUUGUGCUCAUGGGCUUUGUUGAAGGUUACCGGGUUGGUGGUGGUCCCCUUGGUGAAGGACUGGACCCAAUUUACCCAGGAGGUGCCUUUGACCCACUCGGAUUGGCAGAUGACCCAGAUGCAUUUGCUGAGUUGAAGGUGAAGGAACUAAAGAAUGGAAGGCUGGCAAUGUUCUCCAUGUUCGGAUUCUUUGUCCAGGCUAUCGUCACUGGAAAGGGUCCUAUUGAGAAUCUCUUUGACCAUGUUGCAGAUCCUGUUGCCAACAAUGCAUGGGCUUACGCCACCAACUUCGUCCCCGGAAAAUGAAGAAACCUGUAGGAAACAACUCUCUGUUUUACCACACUUAAGCAUCUCACUCUUCCUGAAAAUCUCAUGUUGAUGUAAUUUCUCUAGUAGAAACUUCCUACAAUUAAAUUUGUAUCAUUAAAGUUCAAAGUUCUCUGUG